AGAUAUGAAUUAGUAGCUGGCGAAAUGUUAGCGGUUUUCAUAUCCAAUUAAAGGUGAAAGUUAUUUCGUUGCGCAAUUUUCUCUCGCGUUUGUGAUAUAUCCGUAACGCAGAUGGCACUUAUUUGGCUGUGAUAUACAUGAUGUUGAGUACGCGUUUGUUAUAUGCAAUGGAGAGACCGAGAGACGAUGAUUUUACUUUCACAUGGAUUAUUCAGAACAUCAGUAUGUGCCAUGAGUUAGAUGGAGAAUAUAUUUAUAGCCCUUCGUUUACUUUGAAUUCUUUACCUGGAAUGAAAUGGCGCAUAGAACUAUAUCCUCGUACUAGCGACGAAGAGUAUAACAAUGCCGUAACCCUACAGCGGAAAGAUUUUUUACCAGAACCCUCUCAUAUAAAGUGCAGAGUCGAAGUACUAGAUUGCGAUGAAAAAUCAGUUUUCAGAUCUAAAGAAAUAACAACAAACAGCAAAAAUAGAUAUUUUUGCGGAUAUUUGCCAUGCUUUAUAAAAACUUCAUUUAUCGAGAAGCAGCCAGACGACGUUCUAAUCAUAAAAUAUACAUUGACGCCUAUUUGUGAAUCAGAUCAACAAGCGAUACUGCCGCCACUGCCUUACAAAAAUGGACUGUUUACGGACCUUGUGUUGCGUACCAACAACGAAUCUUUCAAAGUGCAUAAAGCUAUUUUAUGGGCUAGAUGGCCCAAGUUGUCUGAAAGCCUGGAUAGAAAUGAGCCAUGUGUUUUGGAUAUCAAAUCUGAUGUGUUGGAUGCCAUCCUCAAAUAUGUUUACACGGGCAAAAUAGAUUUCAGCGGAUCUGAGCUGUUGCCACAAGUGUACGCUGCUGCUGUGGAAUACGAGCUUCCCAAUAUGAGUCCUCUGCCUGUCAUGGCGACGAAGGCCCGAACUCGCAUUAAUGCAGAGAAAAUAUCCUUUGAUUGGCCAAUAGAAAAUCUUCACAGCUUGCCCGUUAAUGCCAUGUUAUACAGUCACGUCUUCACUGUCCAGGUAUUGCCAUCGUAUGGAUGGAAUUUAAUCUUUCAUAUGCGUGAAAUAUCUCCUAAAAAUCUAUCAUUCACUGUGUCUGUUUAUAAAGUAUACGGCAAUGAAUUGAAAACAGUUUUCAUGAAAAGCAAAAUAUCAUUCCUUACGAAUAAUGAAAUUGAUUCUUGUGAAAGUGAACACUUAUUUCAAAGGGAUUUCAAAUGGCAAUGUGCAAAGUUUUCCGUAAAUCGUUUCGCAAAUCCAGAAAAUGAGCUGUUACUUAAGUGCGAAUUAAAAUUUUCGAAUCGGAAUUACUUCUCUGAGAUUCUGGAAUCUUCAUCCUGUUUUCCCUCUUCUAUAAACUGCCAUUAUUUCAAAAGUGAUCUAAGAAAUCUUUUUAAAAGUGGAAACAACGCCGAUUUAAAUAUAAAAGUCGGUUCGAAAACAUUCUUAGCUCAUAAAUUUAUUCUCUGCGCUCGAUCUUCAGUAUUUUCCAGAAUGUUUGAAACAGAAAUGAUUGAAUCGAGAAACAGUACCCUUACGAUUUCUGAUGCGGAUCCCGAUAUAAUUGCUGAACUGUUACUGUUUAUGUAUUGUGGUUUCUUGGAGAAACCUUUAGAGGAAACUGCUAUGCGUCUGUACACAGCUGCUGAUAAAUACGAUGUUUUGUCUCUCAAGAAGAAGUGCUCUCAUUUCCUGAAAGGAAAUCUUUCCGUUGAAAAUGUGUGCAAAGUUCUCCGACUAGCCGAUUUGCAUUCCGAUGAAGACUUAUACGUAAAUGCAUUUACUUAUUUUAUUGCUCAUGCUUCAGAAAUUUUCUUAACCGAUGAAUGGGUAGAAGUCGCUAAUGAUCAUUUCUGGGUUACACUUUUGGAAAAUAUGAAUUUUCGUACGCCUGCUACAUAAUAAUCGUUUAAAAUAUAAUGCAAAAGAAAUUUUCUGAGUAUGAUAACGCAUCAUCGUAAAAGUAUUUUUACAAAUUUUGUGUUUCUUAAUUAUGCCUUAAAUUCAAAACAAUAUUUACCAGUUCCAACAUAUAUGCAUAUUUUAUUAAAGCAAAAUGUCAAAUUAUCUUGCUGGAAUUCAUGAUUAAUGUAAUAGAAAGUUAUAAGAUUUUUGCGAUAUAUCAUAAAGUAUGGUGAGUUCAGCAUAAUCUGUCAAUAUACUUUGUAAACGAUAACUGUUCUGUCACUUAUAUUUUAAUGAAGUGCUUAUAUUUUAUUUCAGUAUAGCUUUGCAUGUAAUUUCUAUUUUAAAUUUAAUGGUAGCGUUAUUAAAAUUUUCUUGCGAAUUUUAUAAAUAUGCCUUGUAUUUUCUGUUUUGUGGAAUGAUAUUUCACAUGUAAUGUCGUUUAGAUAAAAUUUCUCCCAAAAGUGAUUAUUUGGCAGCAAAAGGCUGUUGCAUAAAAUAUGAACUAAUUCUUUAUAAAUCUAAAAGUUCUUUCAAUGAACGUUCUUCUAUUGGAUGAACUUAAUUUUAGGAUUAUCUCGCUGGAUUUUAAAUAAUAUAUGCAUAUCACCUUACGUGACUGUGAUGCGGGGUUUUAGAGACAUAUUGCUUUAUCUGCAUUUUUUGCUAUAUUCAUUUAUUUAUUACUCCAAAGGGGCGUUGUCCCUCAAAGACUAUUGUUUUAGUUUUGCGUUGAAUCCCUAUAAAUAUCCGUUUCACUUUUUAAACUGUUGCCACCAAAUGUUAGAGACCUGCAUUAUAUUUGAAGAAAUUGAAUAAUGAAAAAU